UAUGACCGAGAUGGGUGUGGGGAGCUUAGAUUCUUCUACUUGUUCAAGGGUAGCCAUUUUUGUAGUCUUGGGUUUGGUUUUGAACUUGGCAGUGGUUUGUAAUGGAGGUCAAACAAGCGCUUUCGUGCGGAAAAUUGAUUUCAGCGCGGACAUGCCGCUUGACAGUGACGUCUUUCGAGUCCCUCUUGGGUACAAUGCACCUCAACAAGUUCAUAUAACACAAGGAGACCAUACGGGAAGCGCGGUGAUUGUGUCAUGGAUCACUGCCGACGAACCAGGUUACAGUAAGGUGGUUUACUGGAGUGCAAAUAGCGAGAACCAGACGGCUGAGGGCAUAAUUACAACUUAUACCUUUUACAAUUACACUUCUGGUUACAUUCACCAUUGUAUCAUCGGAAACUUGACGUUCAACACCAGAUAUUACUAUGUGGUUGGAAUUGGCGAAACUGAGACGCAGUUCUGGUUUACAACUCCUCCUGAAGUUGGGCCCGACGUACCUUACACAUUUGGUCUCAUAGGGGAUCUGGGUCAGACCUUUGAUUCAAACAAGACUCUUACUCAUUACGAAUCAAACCUGCUGAAAGGACAAACAAUAUUGUAUCUUGGGGACCUCUCCUAUGCAGAUGACUACCCGAAUCAUAAUAAUGUUAGGUGGGAUACGUGGGGAAGAUUCGUCGAGAGAAGUGCUGCUUAUCAACCUUGGAUAUGGACUGCAGGGAAUCAUGAAAUUGAUUUUGCCCCAGAAAUUGGUGAACCAAUACCUUUUAAGCCUUACACUCACCGGUAUUAUGUCCCGUAUAAUGCAUCGGGGAGUACUGCCCCAUUUUGGUACUCAAUCAAAAGAGCUUCGGCAUACGUUAUAGUCUUGGGUUCUUAUUCUGCAUACGGUACAUACACUCCGCAGUACAAAUGGCUCCAGGAGGAGCUACCGAAAGUUAACAGGAGUGAGACCCCUUGGUUGAUUGUUAUAAUGCAUUGUCCAUGGUAUAAUAGCUACCAGUCGCACUAUAUGGAAGGGGAAGCCAUGAGGGUGAUGUUUGAGGCCUGGUUUGUGGAGUACAAAGUCGAUGUGGUAUUUAGCGGUCAUGUCCAUGCCUACGAGCGAUCUGAACGCAUCUCCAAUGUUGCAUAUGACAUUGUGAAUGCUAAUUGCACUCCUGUAAAAGAUCAAUCUGCACCCGUCUACAUUACUGUUGGUGAUGGAGGAAAUCUUGAAGGCUUAUCGACCGUUAUGACGGAGCCACAACCAGAUUACUCAGUCUUCCGGGAAGCCAGUUUUGGUCACGGCAUCUUUGACAUCAAGAACAGAACCCAUGCUCACUUUAGCUGGCACCGCAACGAAGAUGGAUAUGCCGUAGAAGCUGAUUCCCAUUGGCUUUUCAACAGAUACUAUUAUCCCGCUGAUGAUUCAAAAUCCACAAGUGCCUAAUUAGUAACGUAUAGUACAAAUGUAUGAAUCAUUACAAGAUUCAAUAUUCCAAGAAAGAAUAUUGAAGAACAUGAAGUAACCUUCACUUCAGGGAAUUUCAGGUGCUCGGAUUCAUCUUCUCAUAAGGGAAUUUCAGGUGCUAUGAAAAGAUUAAUUAAGGCACGAAAAAAAAAUUGGAUAC